AGCAGCAAGAAGUCGAAGGAGCUCCGAGGCGGGGUUACAGACCAGCAUGGAGUAGAGCGAGAGGCAGCGCGAGAAGGAGCCGCCGCCGCCGCCACAGCUACAGAGAGAGAGAGAGAGACGCGAGAGCACCCAGCGCCGCCGCCCGAGCUAUGCCGCUGCUCGCCUUGUGAACACCCAGUCCCGCAAAAGCAAACCCCCCAAGUAACCAUGUACUCCCCAUACUGCCUGACCCAGGAUGAAUUCCACCCCUUCAUUGAAGCUCUUCUUCCUCAUGUCCGUGCGUUUUCUUACACAUGGUUCAACCUGCAAGCUCGGAAACGAAAGUACUUUAAGAAGCAUGAGAAGCGGAUGUCGAAGGAUGAGGAGCGCGCCGUGAAGGACGAAUUACUUGGUGAAAAGCCUGAGAUCAAGCAGAAAUGGGCAUCCCGGCUGCUGGCCAAGCUACGCAAGGACAUCCGCCCGGAAUUUCGCGAGGACUUCGUCUUGACCAUCACGGGCAAGAAAGCACCGUGUUGUGUCCUCUCCAACCCAGAUCAGAAGGGCAAAAUCCGCAGGAUUGACUGCCUGAGGCAGGCUGACAAGGUUUGGAGGCUGGACCUAGUUAUGGUCAUCUUGUUCAAAGGGAUCCCUCUUGAAAGUACUGACGGGGAGCGGCUAUACAAGUCGCCGCAGUGCUCAAACCCGGGCCUUUGCGUCCAGCCACACCACAUUGGAGUCACAAUUAAAGAACUGGAUCUUUACUUGGCGUAUUUUGUUCACACUCCUGAAUCCGGACAAUCAGACAAUUCAAACCAGCAAGGAGAUGCGGACAUCAAACCACUGCCCAAUGGGCAUUUGACUUUCCAAGACUGUUUUGUGACAUCGGGCGUCUGGAAUGUUACGGAGCUGGUGAGAGUGUCACAGACUCCUGUUGCCACAGCGUCUGGUCCAAAUUUCUCACUGGCUGACCUCGAGAGUCCCAGUUACUACAACAUCAAUCAAGUGGCUCUUGGUAGACGGUCGAUAACAUCUCCACCUUCUAGCAGUUCCACCAAGCGGCCCAAGUCGAUAGAUGACAGCGAGAUGGAGAGCCCUGUAGACGACGUGUUCUACCCUGGGACAGGGCGGUCCCCAGCAGCUGGCAGCAGCCAGUCCAGUGGGUGGCCCAACGAUGUGGAUGCAGGACCGGCUUCUUUAAAGAAGUCAGGGAAGCUGGAUUUCUGCAGUGCCCUGUCCUCCCACACCAUCCCGAGAAUGGCUUUCACCCAUCACCCGCUGCCUGUCCUAGCAGGAGUCAGACCAGGAAGCCCCCGUGCCACAGCCUCGGCCCUGCACUUCCCAUCAACCUCCAUCAUCCAGCAGUCCAGCCCCUACUUCACACACCCGACCAUCCGCUACCACCACCACCACGGCCAGGACUCGCUGAAGGAAUUUGUGCAGUUUGUAUGCUCGGACGGCUCAGGCCAGGGCUCCGGGCAGCCUAACGGUAGCGGCCAGGGCAAAGUCACGGGGUCAUUUUUGCUGCCGCCGCCACCACCUGUGGCCAGACCAGUGCCCCUUCCAAUGCCUGAUACAAAAUCCACCAGCACUAACCCAGAGGGCGGAGCACCGACACCAACGUCACCCUCAUUCUCAGCGCCAGGCUCCUCCUCCUCUGCCAACCGGUUUGUCGGCAUCGGACCCCGGGACGGCAACUUUCUAAACAUCCCCCAGCAAUCUCAGUCUUGGUUCCUCUGACGGGAUCUUCAGGCGAAGAAAAAUAAUAAUGAUGAUGGUGAUGAUGAUAAUAAUAAUAAGUUUUCGCUCACGUCCUGAGAAUCAGAAUCUUCAGUCCUUUACCCAUAUCUUCACUGAGCUGCUCCUCUUCAAGGAAAAGUAAGAGACGUUGGGUAACACUACAGAUGAGAAGCUUAAGAGAAUUACGUUGGACCUCCCCGAUCCAAGGCAGAUUUUUGCAUUUGCGUAGAAGAGGCUUGUCUUCUGCAAGGAAUCCCAUCAACACCUACAGAAGUCACGUAAUCCUGUUUCAAUGAUAUGAUAGUUCUGGACAGGCUAUUCAAGCAAUGGUUAAAAAAAAAGAAAGGGGUUUCUCUUAUUCAUCAUGGGGAAGGAAUAGCAUUCACAUUAACCAGCCUCAAACCCCCAAAAUUUGCAC